AACCCUUUCAGACCGUGAUGCAUCAUUUGUGCAGUCAAGUUUCAAUGUCAAGAUCUCUACUAUUUAUGCACGUAUGUUAAAAAGACCAAAAUGCAUUGAUUGUGCUGAUUAUUGUGUACCUUUUCUUUUUGCACUGUUUCGCUAUUCGGUUUACCGUUAUCCACGUGGUGAUGAAAUUCUUAAGUCGUACUUCGAUUUUUUUCAAAGAGAGCUGCGGCAGUAAGUUGUAUUUAAUAUUAUUAAAAUAUUAUUAGUGAAAAAAUAGUGAAAAGUGCAUAUUAUAACUAAAAAAAUAGUAAGUUCUAAUAUUUAAAACGAAUUGGAGUGAUUCAAUACAAAAAAUGCUUACAGAUGAUGAUAUUUUGGCAGUGCUAGAGGCCUCAGACGCCCCCGAUUUUAGCAGCGAUGAUGAAGAACGAGACAAAAAUUAUGAGCCAUCGGACAGCACCGACAGUGAAGGCGAGGAAGAAGCAGAUAUUGAAGGAAACGUAGGUGAAGUGCUUCCUGAGUUAGGUCACGAAGAAAAUAUUGAACCGAGUUCAAGUCGUCGUCCGAUUUGGAGAAGGAAACCUUUUUGCCAACCAAUUAUCGAUAUGCCUGUUGCAGAGGAAGUUGACUAUGCAGUAGAUACGCCGACACCUCUAGAAUAUUUUGCUAAAUAUUUUGAUAACGUAUUUUUCGAAAAUGCGGUUAAUUGCACUAAUAGAUACGAAUUUGCGAAUGCAGGUGGCAUGUUAAAAACAACCACUAAGGAAAUCAAAAACUUUUUUGGAAUACACAUUGCAAUGGGUUGCAUUCACUUUCCUAGAAUUCGAAUGUAUUGGCAGAACAAAUUUAAAAUUCCACUGGUAGCGGAAACAAUGACUCGCGACAGAUUUUUUAAGUUAAGAGAAACAUUCCACGUCGUUUUUCCAAGCGACGUUCCUGAAACCCAAAGAAGACUCAAUAUUUUUUGGAGAGUGCAACCAAUUAUUGAUGCAGUGCGGAAUGCCUGUUUGAAAAUUUCAAGAAAAAGGGGGGAGCAUAUUCCAUAG